UAGAAUAUCUAAUAAAUUAGAAAACACUGUACGUCGUUUUUGUUCGAUUACGAAUAUGUAUAAUAUGCGAUACAAAUUCCUACGGUUAUAAAUACACAAUGUACGUACGGUAUAUUUUACUUACAAAAUAUUAACUAUUAAAUUAUUCAGUUUUAGCAGAAAUAAUUUACAUCGUUAUUUUAUAAUAUUAAGUUUACAUUAUACCCUAAAGUAACUUUAACGAGUAAUCGCUUUGCUGAUGGUUCAUGAUUUUUAUAAAUCUCUUUAUUGACAAUUGGAAAUGACGUUAUUCAACAAGAUUAAGAUGAAAUCCGCGUCAUACAUUAAACGACAGCACAAACUAAAAUCAAACUGAAGUAUUCGGCUGAGAUACAAAACGUUAAAAAAUACAAAAACUAUUAAAUAAAUUCGUUUAAUCGUCAUACAGUUAAUAUCUUGUUUCUAAUAAAUAGAUUCGUCAAUAUGAAACGAAGCUUACGUUACUGAUCCUAAUCUAAAACUAUUUAUCGCUCGGUUACACGUUUAUUGCCAACAUAUUCGAGUUUCACGGUGCAAUUAGAAAUAUGUAAUAAAGUCGGUUUCUCUUCGACUAGCCACAAACGUCUGCAGGUGCUUUUUCGCAAAGGGGCGUUACAACGAUGACAGAGAAAUUAUCUGAAACCGAAGGGAUGGGGGUGGUACACCACGCAUAGUGGGGAACAUCCAUGGGGUAGGGAGUACGAGCACCGAACAUCCCUUCUCUCUAUUUUCAUACUAACCAUGAAGCGAGAGAAUGGACGUUGCAAGCAAACUUCGACUCAGAUACGUGUGCAACCUCGCACCGAGUCAUUCGGUGCUCUUUCUCGAGGUAUUUUACGUACAAGUGUCCUAUCAAGAGUGUUCCAACAAUUUUACUCGUUAUGUGAACGCUAUUCGUAUACGUACAUGAAUGUACAUGCACUGGCGCGUGCGCGCAAACGUGCACUUUCUUUAAGUCUUAACACGUUGUUACAUAUUUAUUUUGCAUAUUUCUUGUACGUAACUUUGGUCCUCUGAACAUCGUGAAAAAUAGAUGUGCACGUACGUGAAUUUUACAAACUUAUUCGCUGCGCCUAGGAUCGGAAGAUUUAAAGUGACGUCAAUGAGGAUGCAAAUUUCUAUUCUUUGCAAAUUUUCAUUUUCAUUUUGAUCUAUCUACAACGAAUUGAAUGAGUUUCGUGCAAUGGCAAAUUCAACGUCGAUCGAGUUAGUGGCAUGCAAGAAUAAAAUCAAAGAUUUGAGAAUGACGCAGGAAAUAAAGACGACGAUGUACAUCGCGCUUAAGACGAGCCGUUUGUAGCUUUUGUACUUUUAUUUUGAAACUUGAACGCGUCGAUAGAAUUUGACUAAAUGUCGACGAAGGCAGAAGGACCAUCAUCUCCAAGACAAUUCUUCGCGCGAAUUUAUGGACACCUCGAAGCGAAAAAGGUCGAUGAUACCGAUAAUGAUCACGAAGAAACACCUAAACCGAAAUCAAGCUUCGACUUUACUUCGAAUAUACUUCUGUACAACAGAAACACGUUAGAUGCGGACAAUUCGUGCAAUUCUUCGAACGAUGAAGUUAUACAAGUAAUGGGUAUAAAAGAAAGAUCCACGGAACGAGGCGGGAAACAGAAUAGCAAUGAAACGAACGCGUUAACGAAUGACAAGGAGAAGAACUCGAAUUUCUUUAAUUUAAGAUUACCAUUGUUUCACGAACUUCAUCAAUCCGGACCUACUAAUAAUCCUGUAUUUUUAUCUCAAAUUGCAUAUCCGUCUGCGCUUCCACCGCAUUUUCAUAAUUUACCAUAUUUCCCAACUUCGGAACACCAUUUGCAAGGAUUCUCAGCCUUCUUAGCUCGGAAAAGGAGGAAAGAGGGACGACCACGAAGGCAGAGAACCACUUUCAGCGGUGAACAAACAUUGAGAUUGGAAGUUGAAUAUCGUAGAGGGGAAUAUAUUUCUAGAGGACGAAGAUUUGAGCUUGCUACAUCUUUACAUCUUACAGAAACGCAAAUAAAAAUUUGGUUCCAAAAUCGCCGUGCAAAAGAUAAAAGGAUAGAGAAGGCGCAACUUGAUCAAUAUUAUCGAAACUUCGCAAUUUCCAGUGGAAUGAUAAAUUUGCCAAUUUAUGGUAGAAGUGGAUUCUGUGAAUUCUGUUUUUAUAAAAAGACUUUUGGAUCUGCAAGCAGUCACUCCUGUACUUCGACGAGUCCUGUUACCGGAACUUUUACAAAACCACAAUGUAAUGAAAGUGAAAUAUCAGAUACUAGAUCAAAUGUACUAUUUUCUGUUUGAAGUUCGAAAAACUAAAUUUUCUACUACAAGCUAUUAACAAAUAUGUACUAAGCUUCAAUAGAACUUAUUAUAUUUGUGUUUUAUAAAUAAGUUACGUUAAAUAAUUGUAGCGAUUGUAAGAAUUAAUGUAUUAUUUUGUGCAAAUCUGAUAUUAAACUUAAUAUUUUAAAUUUAAAACAAUUGCAAUACACUGUAAAAAGAUUAGUAGCACAUAUGCUAACAAAUUUGCGGAAAUAGAAAAUCCUAGUAUUGUUAAAGAAUUUUAACAAUUCAGAUAUAAAUUAAUAUACAGUAAUAAAAUGUGUAUAAUACAAGCGAUUUAACAGAUAACAAUAUAUUAAUUCAAAUAAUCUUUAAAUGCGUUGAAUUGCACAUUAAAAUACUAUCUUUUUAUACAUAUACUGGCGACAUAUAGCAUAUUGCUACGUAUUAUUAAAUGGUCACUUAAUAUGUAACUGUAAUUUGUAACAAUAAAUAAUAGUAAUACAAACAUUGUAAUAUUUUGUCAUUAUUUCAAGAACAAACGCAGAAAAAUAUAACAUGACAGAAAUGUAGAAGGGUAUGCAUGAAGAAGAGAAACCACAUA